AUGCACGCCACGCUCUCCGCUCCCGUCGAUGCCUGCAUGCCCGUCGAGUGCACCAAGUGCGGAAAGACGACGUGGCGUGGCUGCGGCAAGCACAUCGACUCGGUCAUGAACGCCGUGCCCGAGGAGAACCGCUGCACGUGCCCGCGCUAG